UUCAUAGAGUAUUAGAUCAUAAACCAUUAACAAUGUUCGGCUUUGAAGUGGAUGUAGAUACUUUCGUUCCAGGUAUGGCAUCGGUUUUAGAGCCACUGGACAUUCCUCGUAUAAGAAUUUCUGGAUUAAAGGAAAACACAAAUAAGGAGAUGCUGGCAAUGUACUUUGAACUUGAAUACGGAAAUGGCGAGGGGAAAGUGAAAAAUAUUGACAUUGAUAAGAAAAGAAAAUUUGCUAUUAUUGAAUUUGAGGAGAAAGCAGGUGCUGAGGCGUUUUUGCUGAGAAAUCCGAAAUCUAUAUUGGGUAUGGAUGUCACGGUAGAAGUCAUCGAGACAGCAUCUGAUAAGAGUCGUACUAAAUCAACAAGAAUAAAAAUUACUGGCUUAGCGGAAAACCACAAUAAGGAGAUGCUUGAGAUGUUUUUUAAGACUGAAGAAAGAAAGGGUGGCGGAAAAGUAAACAAUAUAUUUAUUGAUGGAAAGAAUAGAUGUGCUCUAAUUGAAUUUGAAGACGAAACAGGUGUUGAAUGGAUUAUGAAUAAGGCACCGAUUUCAAUAUUCGGGGUGGAAGUAGGAAUAGAAACACUAGAUGAUCUUGACGAGCCUAAAAAGAUACAAAUCACCAACUUGCCGGUCAGUAUAAAUAAAGAGAUGUUAAAAAUGUUCUUCGAUAGUAAAACAGAAUUCGGAGGAAAAAUCAUUGACAUCAGCAUUAAAUCUGAAGAGAAUAUAGUCAUUGUUGAGUUUGGUGAUUCUACAGCUGUUUAUAGAAUAAUGGAAGAACGACCAUUGACAAUUCUCGGAUUUAAUGUUGAUGUAGAUGUAUUUGCUGUUCAUAGAGUAUUAGAUCAGAAACCAUUAACAAUUUUCGGCUUGGAAGUGGAUGUAGAUACUUUCGUUCCAGGUAUGGCAUCGGUUUUAGAGCCACUGGACAUUCCUCGUAUAAGAAUUUCUGGAUUAAAGGAAAACACAAAUAAGGAGAUGCUGGCAAUGUACUUUGAACUUGAAUACGGAAAUGGCGAGGGGAAAGUGAAAAAUAUUGACAUUGAUAAGAAAAGAAAAUUUGCUAUUAUUGAAUUUGAGGAGAAAGCAGGUGCUGAGGCGUUUCUGCUGAGAAAUCCGAAAUCUAUAUUGGGUAUGGAUGUCACGGUAGAGGUGAUUGAGACAACAUCUGAUAAGAGUCGUACUAAAUCAACAAGAAUAAAAAUUACUGGCUUAGCGGAAAACCACAAUAAGGAGAUGCUUGAGAUGUUUUUUAAGACUAAAGAAAGAAAGGGUGGCGGAAAAGUAAACAAUAUAUUUAUUGAUGGAAAGAAUAGAUGUGCUCUAAUUGAAUUUGAAGACGAAACAGGUGUUGAAUGGAUUAUGAAUAAGGCACCGAUUUCAAUAUUCGGGGUGGAAGUAGGAAUAGAAACACUAGAUGAUCUUGACGAGCCUAAAAAGAUACAAAUCACCAACUUGCCGGUCAGUAUAAAUAAAGAGAUGUUAAAAAUGUUCUUCGAUAAUAAAACAGAAUUCGGAGGAAAAAUCAUUGACAUCAGCAUUAAAUCUGAAGAGAAUAUAGUCAUUGUUGAGUUUGGUGAUUCUACAGCUGUUUAUAGAAUAAUGGAAGAACGACCAUUGACAAUUCUCGGAUUUAAUGUUGAUAUAGAUGUAUUUGAUGCGUCACAUGUUGUAGAAUCGCAGGAUAUACCGCGUAUAGGAAUUUUGGGAUUACAGGAAAACACAAAUAAUGAAAUGCUCGCAAUGUACUUUCAACAGGAAGAAAGAAAAGGCGGGGGAAAGGUGAAAAACAUUGAAAUAAAUCACAAGGGAAAGUUUGUUACGAUAGACUUUGAGGAGAAAGCGGGUGCUGAUGCGUUUCUGCUGAGAAAUCCGAAAUCUAUACUGGGUAUGGAUGUCACGGUAAAGGUCAUUGAAACAACAUCUGAUAGGAGUCGUACUAAAUCAACAAGAAUAAAAGUUUCUGGCUUAGAGGAAAACACCAAUAAGGAGAUGCUUGAAAUGUUUUUUAAGACCGAAGAAAGAAAGGGUGGUGGAAAAGUAAACAAUAUAUUUAUUGAUGGAAAGAAUAGAUGUGCUAUAAUUGAAUUUGAAGACGAAACAGGUGCUGAUCGGAUACUGAAUAAAACACCGACAUUGAUACUCGGGAAGGAAGUAGAAACAGAAAGAAUAGACGAUAUUGACCAGCCCAAAAAGAUACAAUUCACCAAAUUGCCAGUUUGUAUGACAGAAGGCAUGUUGAAAAAGUUUUUCGAAGAUAAAACAGAUUUUGGAGGAAACGUUAUAGACAUCAGCAUUACAUCUAAAGAGAAAAAAGCCAUCGUUGAGUUUGACAAUUCCACGGCUGUAUAUAGGAUAAUGGACGUCCAACCAUUGACAAUUCUUGGAUGUAAGGUUGAUGUAGAUAUCUUCGUUUCAGAUACAUCCACUGUUGUGAAACCGCGCAAUAUACAGCGUAUAAAAAUAUCCGGACAAAUGGAAAACACAAAUAAGGAGAUGGCUACAAUGUACUAUGAACAUGCAGAGAGAAAUUGUGGGCGAAUGACUAAACAUAAUGAAAUGGAUCAGAUAUUUCCUAUGAUUGAUUUUGAGGAGGAAGCGGGGGACAAGGUUACUUCACAAACUGAACAUGCUGAAAGUGGAAUACAAAGAGCAGCAUCUUUUCAAACAACAGAAACUGGACGUACAAGAUUUGGUGAAAAAGAACAUGAUUCUCCACAAGAAUACGGGGACAAGGUGACUUCACAAACUGAACAUGCUGAAAGUGGAAUACAAGCAGCAGCAUCUUUACAAACAACAGAAACUGGACGUACAAGAUUUGGUGAAAAAGUACAAGAUUCUCCACAAGAAUACGGAAUAUUCAAACAACUAAAAAAGCAUAUACAAGAUAACUUUUUAUCUUUUACCGGGAGCAAAAUCAAUUCAGAACGUGCAGGAAGAGGAAUACACGAGGCAGAAUCUUUACAAAGAACAGGCGAGAAAAUUAAUUCAGAACAUGCAGGAAGAGGAAUUCAAAAAGCAGAAUCUUCACAAACAACAGAAUCUGUUGUUGCUAACAAUGCUGAAAGUAAUCCUUUCGAAAGUGAUCUAAAAAGGCCGGAUUCUUCAAAGCCAAGAGGUAAUAAUAAUAAGCUUGUUUUGUAGAAAAUGUUGUAAAAAAAAACAAAUAACUUAAUGUCUAUCUUCGCCCACUUCAAACAAGUAUGAUGUUAUUACAGAAAGUCAUA